UGAUCCAGAGAGGAGAUCGAUUGAGUCCGUCAGUAGGUGGUGCUGUGCAUGUGCAACAUGGAUGGUAAGCCUGGUGGAAUCUCCAAGGUGUCUGCCAGCAAAUGGUGCCGUACAUAUGCAGCAUGGAUGGUGGAGCCUGGCAGAGUCUCCAAGAUGUCUGGAAUCAGCACGUGGCAUCUGACGUCAUCAAAAUGAGCCUCUUGCCCUUAGUGCCUACUGGACUACCUUCACCCCUGCCCAUUUGGAACUCAUCAAACAUACAUGGACUGCCACACCAUGCGCCUGUUAUCCCUUUUGAAGUGAAU